AUGAUAUCAGCAACCUUCUUCGAACAACGUGCCAAAUGAUAAUGGAGAUACAAAAUAAUAAUCCGUCAAACAACGAAGCCUAGCCCCAACAAUACUGUCUUAUGUGAUGGAAUAAGUGACUGCAAACUGGGAUCUGACGAAACCAACUGUGUGAGGUUUGGCAAGGACAACAGCCUAAAGGUCAAGACGUCACAAGAUGGCCGCUUCUUACCAGUGUGCUACAAAGACUGGAACAAGGACUACGCCGACCUGACCUGCGCUCAACUGGGAUUUAGAGAGUCCUAUGCCACCAAAGCAAUUACAUCCCAGGAGUCCAUUGGUUUAAUAUUGACCAGCAGCUCAUCUGACCUUAUCCAGGAUCAGGUUAACGUCAGCGCAUCUUGUCCAGACCAGAAGACUGUCUCCCUGCAGUGUGUGGAUUGCGGUCAGCAGGCGUCUACAUCCCGGAUUAUUGGGGGCAGCGCAGCUAAAGUGGGUCAGUGGCCUUGGCAGGUGUCGCUGCACUACAGAGGAUCACACACCUGCGGAGGAGUCCUGAUCUCUCCUGACUUUGUGCUGACCGCUGCCCACUGCUUCCCAAGAAGCAAUGCUUUUGCUCUCUUGGAGGACAACUGGAGAGUGUAUGGUGGAGUUGUGUCUCUGGAUGCACUACCUGCUCCCUACCUGGUUAAGAGGAUCAUACUCAGUGAGAACUACAACAGCGUCACUAAUGACCAGGACGUCGCUCUGUUAAAACUUACAUCUCCAGUUAGUUUCAAUGCUAAUGUCCAGCCAGCUUGUCUGCCAGCUACCAACCAGCAAGUUCCCCAUGGAACCGAAUGCUGGACCUCAGGUUUUGGCACCACUGAGGCCGGAUCAGGCACUGUCUCCAGAGAUCUGAUGGAAGUGACUGUGGAUAUCAUUGAUAGUCGUGUGUGUAACAGCACCGAUGUGUAUCAAGGUGCCGUGACCAAGCACAUGCUCUGUGCCGGGGACCUGAACGGAGGCAAAGACUCCUGCCAGGGUGACAGUGGUGGACCUCUGGUGUGUCAGGCAUUGAAACGUUGGUACCUGAUGGGGAUCACCAGCUGGGGAUCUGGCUGUGGUGAAAGAAACAAGCCUGGCGUUUACACCAAAGUCAAUAGUGUUCUACCGUGGAUCUAUAGCAAUAUGCAGAAAGAGAUGUCAUGAUGUCCCUUUGUCUCCUACUGGUGGUCUACUGCGCCACCCCUGUUCUCCACUUAACCUUGCACUAUGAAGAUGAGACAUGGAAGGAUUUAAACAUAAAAAAUGAAUUGAUGAGGAGAUACUUAGAGACAGAAAGGCACUCAGGUGAACGACUUAGCGGGCAACGCAAUACAUUGCACAACGUGAACAAACAGGACUUCUGUCUUGAGAACAUAUAUCUAUACUUUUCAUCCUCUGUCAUUCGGCCGUGAUGUGUAUCACCUGAACCUGAUUAUUGACACACAUCAAUCAAUGCAGUGACGUCAGUCUUGCAUUCUUGAUUUCAUUCUUCUGCCUCUUGGUGUCACAGCCAUACAGUAUACUUGUGUUUACCUUCUUGUUAAGCAAGCUUUAAAGACGGCUGGCCCUUCUCUUAUGUGUUCUGUGCCAAUGAAACACAGUCCACUCUACUGUGAUCUUUUUUGUUCGUUUGAAAAUGAUACUCCAUAAAAAUUAUUUGCAAUUGUAGAGGUGUGUGUGUGGUGAGGUGGGUUUUUCCUCAGGGACGCAUCUCAGGCUUUUCUAUCCUGACUAUUGUAACCCCUAUUAAAAUAAAAAAAGGACACUUCAAUGUGUGUCGUAUUUAUGUGCAUUGGCCAUGUUGUUUACCAUA